AUGUUUCAAGAUGAGGGUUUGGUUUCUUAUAUUCUUUCGUACGUACAGGAGGAAGAAGUGUUGAUUUCGCGGACUGUUAUCAAAUCUUUCUCAAGCCCAGAGGGAGACCAUUUGACGUUAGUUAACGUGUAUCGUGCUUCUAUUGAGUUUUUGGAGAAGAACAAGACAGAGAAUGGUAACGAGAAGGCUGAAAAGAAUUUGAGGAAAUGGUUCAAGGAUAACUUCAUUAAUAACCGCUCAUCAAAGCAUGCUCGUGACAAGUUAGAAGAGUCACGGACGGUUAUCAAAUCUUUCUCAAGCCCAGAGGGAGACCAUUUGACGUUAGUUAACGUGUAUCGUGCUUCUAUUGAGUUUUUGGAGAAGAACAAGACCGAGAAUGGUAACGACAAGGCUGAAAAGAAUUUGAGGAAAUGGUGCAAGGAUAACUUCAUUAAUAACCGCUCAUUAAAGCAUGCUCGUGACAUUUACAAUCAAAUUCGGGAAAAUGUAGAACGAAUGGGACAUAAGAUAUCUUCGUGUGGAGAUGACAUGCUUCAGCUCCGCAGAUGCCUUGCUGCUUCAUAUUUCCUGAAUGCAGCCUUAAAGCAGCCUGAUGGUACAUACAGGGUUUGGCAAAUGGUCAGAUUGUAGAGAUUCACCCAACUUAUGUUCUACGUCGUUCAAAACCCGAGUGCAUUGUUUUCUACAAUUUAGUUCAAACAACGCGU